CCCUGCCCCAUCCCUCCACCCCCCCUCUAUCUCUUUACAGGACUGCCAGCCCGUCUAGAGUUAUUCCAGGAAUGUGUUGAACAUGGCUGCCGCGAUGAAGGCGCAGAAAACGGGACUGCUGGAACUUCGAGUGACCGUGGACCGCUGGAUCCGGGUGUUGGCCACACUUACCGAGGACACGCUCACUGUAAACCCCGGAGAGGGUGCCGAGGAGCCCGCUAAACCCAACCCGACUCCAGCCGGUGCUAUCAACGGAGACCCCCCGAACCUUAGCUCGUCCCCGGUCCCGGAAACCAUCACCAACGUGAAGCGCACCGUGCGAGUUACCAAGCAAGAUGUUGGAGGACUCGGUAUCAGUAUUAAAGGUGGGAAGGAGAACAAGAUGCCAAUCCUCAUCUCUAAGAUUUUUAAAGGUCUGGCCGCUGACCAGACUGAGGCCCUUUAUGUUGGCGACGCCAUAUUGUCUGUCAAUGGUUAUGACUUACGGGAGGCCACACACGAUGAGGCUGUGCAGGCGCUGAAGAAAACUGGCAAAGAAGUCAUCCUUGAAGUGAAAUACAUCAAGGAGAUGUCAGCCUUCUUUAAAAGCUCGGGGUCUCCUGGGGCUGCUCUCCCCUGGGACUCCCCCCCAUCCACACCUCAGAGGGGCACUGAGCUCUCACCCGAGGUGAAGGAGCCCCGCAGCAUCCCGCUGAAGAUGUGCCAAGUGUCACGAAAACAGUGCCCCCCGGACACAGAAAACAGGUAUUUCGAGGUGAUUUCAUCCAACAGAAAGAACUCUGUGUUCCUGCGAGCAAAAGAUCCAGCCAUGGCCCAGUCCUGGUACAAUGCCAUCCAGGCUGGCUCUGCCAACCUUUUACCCCGAGUGAAGGAGGAGAUGAAGACCAUGCAGCCUGGUAUGGAGGUCAAACAUCUGGGCUGGAUUACAGAGCAGAUGACCCAGGGUCCAGAGAAACCAGUACUGGCCGCAUUGACCGACAAAGACCUACUCCUGUAUACCUCCUUGCCUGAAAGCAAAGAGAGCCUCUGCAGCCCCACCAAGAGUCACCCACUCAUUGCUACCAGGUUGGUCCACUCUGGACCAGGAAAAAGUUCUCCUCUCCUUGACUCUGACCUCUCAUUUGGCCUACGUACUGGCACCAAGCAAGGUGUGGAGACUCAUGUGUUCAGGGUGGAUUCUGCCAAGGAGCUGUCCACCUGGACUCACCUGCUGGUGGAGGGUUGCCACAAUGCUGCUGAACUCAUCAAGGAGGUCACCACGGCUUGUAGUUGGAAUGGGAAGGAGUGUACCCUGGGAGUGCACAUUGAUGAGGGUUUCACGCUAUUCACGGAAGAAAUGGGGGUCAGGAAAAGUAUUUUGCUCCAGCAGCCUUUCGAGCGCCUAAGAAUGUCCUCAGACGAUGGAGUUCGCAUGAUGUUCCUUGACUUUGGAGGCCCUGAGGCCGAGAUUCAACUGGAUCUCCACUGCUGUCCCAAGACCAUAGUCUUCAUCAUCCACUCUUUCCUGUCUGCUAAGGUCAAGCGACUUGGGCUCCUGGCAUGAUAAUGGCCAACCACCCAGAACAUCAACAAUAGGAAUAUUCAAUAAAACACACAGCCUAGAAGACUCUGAAACACCAGAGGAUAUGGCCUAGGAAAAGAUGCUGACUAACCCCUUUUCUUUUCAGCCUUCCUAGGCCUCUAAAAUUAUCAAUUCUGGUCAGGCACCUCCUGGUCUUUCUAGGGGAAUGAAGAGAAAACUGCAACAUUGAUGGACCUUUGUUGAACUUGUAGCUGUAAGGGUAAAGAGAGAGGAUUUACAGAUGGCGUAGCAGCAAUUUAAGGGAUUUGACAUCUGUAAAAUCUGUUACAGUAGGUCAUGACACUUUAUGAUGGCAAACUGUGUGAAUAUGACAGCCUGCAUCUUAAUGUUUCUAAGCUUUUUGCCCCAUUGUUCAGUUUUGUUUUGUUUCAUGAGUCACGGCAGGCCUUUGUCACAAGCAUCCUUUCAUCUUUCAAUCUUUGCUUGAUGUGCUGUGAGCAGUCAUAACAAAAGUUAUUUCACAAAUGUCCUGAUUGAUGUUGGACAAACAUCAUGUUUUAUAAAGGCAGCUUCGGCGGAGUGACAGAAUGACAUGACUGAUCACUACAUGAUCAACAGUCUGUACUGAACAAUGUACAGAAUGCAAGUACAAUGCUUCUCUGUGGAUGCUUAAGUUGUCUUUACUCUGAACUUUCAUGAAAUAUGCUUUUUGUUUAAGACAACUUCCAAAUGCCAAAUCAUAUAUUUUUCAUUACGGCUGAACAUGUUCGUCUUUUAUUUUCCUUUCAGAGUCCUUCCCUGUUUUAAGCGUGCUCAUAAUCCACGGCCUAACAAAGAGAAAACUAACAGAGUACAUUAUAAAAGGCUUUUUAAAUUGUGUUUUUAGCUUAACCACUAUAGUAGAUAAAAACAUUUAAUUUUCCUAACAAAAAAGACACGCCUUUGUCUGACAGUAUAACUGUGCAGUUGCAUUUAAUACCAGCCCACAUGAAGUACAAAAUAAGAGCUCUUGUGUUUUUAGAUUCCGACCGACAAAGGUUGUCACGUAAUCACGUAUUGACAGAUGACAAACAGCUGGCUAAAAUAGUCCAGCUAAGCUUCUUUACCUGUAUGGAUGAGCUACGAGUACAGGAGUAUAGCUCUUAGAUAAAUCUGUUUUAUAACACAGUUUGUUUGGUCUGUACU